UUGCAGUCAUCCAGCUCUCUGAAGGCAUCUUAUGAAGACUGGCUGCUGACAUACGGCUUGAGCGUCUCUCCUUUUCACAUGCGAUGGCAAACAGCUCUCUUCAACCGCCAGUUCUACAAUUGGGGGAGAUGGAAACCCAGAUUUCUGUAUUUAUGGUUCAGCAUAGGAAUGGUGUUUGGUAUAGUUGCCAUGUUUGGCUCUGUUAUUCUUCUCGGAAAGACACUGAUGCAAACACUGACACAGAUGCUCACUGAGGCACCGAAAGCCCAGAAUGAUCGUAUGCUGCAAGUUGUGGUGCCUGGUGUAAAUUUGCCUGUCAGCCAGCUGACCUAUUUCUUCUCUGCAAUCCUCAUCAGUGGUGUGAUACAUGAAGUCGGCCAUGGGGUGGCAGCUAUUCGAGAACAAGUACGAUUUAAUGGAUUUGGGAUUUUUAUCUUCAUUGUCUAUCCUGGAGCUUUUGUUGACCUCUUCACAACCCACUUGCAACUGAUAUCUCCAGUCCAGCAGUUAAGGAUAUUUUGUGCAGGAGUGUGGCAUAAUUUUGUUCUUGGUGUUGCAAGUUUCAUGGGUUUGUUUCUGCUGCCAGCCAUUCUUUUCCCUUUCUAUUAUACGGGUGUUGGGGCACUUGUCACUGAGGUCGCAGAGGAUUCUCCUGCCAAUGGACCAAGAGGUCUUUUUGUGGGAGACCUUGUCACUAACCUACAAGACUGCCCAGUUUAUAGUGUGGAAGACUGGAAUUCCUGUCUGGGAGACAUUUCAGAGAAAUCACAGGUCGGCUACUGUAUAAGUGCAGCCACCCUACAGCAAUUAAGCUUUCCAGCUAGAGUCUAUAGAAGACUUGAUGGCACAGUUGAAUGUUGUAGUAACAACAGCCUCACAGACAUUUGCUUUUCAUAUAGCAAUAACUUGGACAGCCACCUGUAUGCCUGUCUGCCAGCACGAAAAGUUAUUGAGGCCAGCAAAGUUUGUCGAACCAACAUGGACUGCCAGAAGGACUUUGUUCCAAGCUUUUGUGUGACUCCUUCUUUAGAGAACCAAACAAGGCUAAUCAGGGUAAAACAUCCACCCCAUAUUGACAUGCUGUAUGUAGGACACCCCAUGCAUCUUCAGUACACAGUAAGUCUCAGCAGUUUUGUACCACGACAAAACUUUCUAAGCAUUGGUCUGCCUGUGGUGAUAGAGACAUUUUGCAAGUACCUAAUUUCACUGUCAGGAGCACUGGCAGUUAUCAAUGCUGUACCCUGCUUUGCUUUGGAUGGCCAGUGGAUAUUAAAUUCAUUCCUGGAAGCGACUCUGAGCUCCGUGAUUGUAGAAAAACAAAACAGAGAGCUUGUUGGCUUUUUAAUUUUGCUUGCUGGUAGUGCACUUUUGGCUGCCAAUGUUGCACUGGGACUUUGGAUGGUGACGGCACGAUAG